AUGAGGGACAAUAGAGAGGAAAGGAUAGUUGGUGGAAAUGUGGUAGACCUCUCCAAAACAGCAUUGGACGUUACGAAUGAGGAAGUGCUCUCAAAACGUUUCAACUUUGCUCUGCCAAACAGUAAGAAUAAGAGGGAGGAGAUAGUGAUGGAACUCACAGAAGAGACUAGAGGUGAUAUUGAAUUACAGGUCGUUCCUUUACUUAAUGUGCAUGUAGAAAUGUCACACAGGAAUAAGGGUGUGAAAGACUUCAUAAGGGAUCUAAGUGAUAAGGACCAAAAGGUGUUGAGGGCAGACAAGGGCGGAGCAUUGGCUGUAAUGGCUAGGCUAAGCUGUGCAGGAAAAAAGGAUGCAAGCUUUGGAUGA